AUGGCCAUCACCAAGCCAGCCACUGUGGUCACAGACAUAGAAUAUACCAACGCCCAAGCAAAAUCGUGCUGCUGCCCAGGAAGUAGUGAGUACUGGGGCAAGGAGCAGGUGUCUGAUCCAGGUGGAAGAGAGUUGAAGCCAGAAGGGUCUGCACAUGAGUACUACCUCUGCCACUUACUACUGCAGACCCAGGCUUUGCCAAAUGACCAGUAUACGGUGUUCUGGGGUCUUCUCGUGGGCACCCUGGAUGUGGUGCUGGACUCCAGCGCCCGUGUGGCCCCUUUCCGAAUCCUGCACCAGACCCAGGACUCUCAGGUCUACUGGACGGUGGCGUGCGGUUCUUCCCGCAAAGAGAUCACAAAACACUGGGAAUGGCUGGAAAAUAACUUACUCCAGACGCUGUCCAUCUUUGACAGUGAGGAAGAUAUCACCACCUUCGUCAAGGGCAAGAUACACGGUAUCAUUGCAGAAGAGAACAAGAACCUGCAGCCUCAGGGAGAGGAGGACCCUGGGAAGUUCAAGGAGGCCGAGCUGAAGAUGCGGAAGCAGUUUGGGAUGCCCGAGGGGGAGAAGCUGGUGAACUACUAUUCCUGCAGCUACUGGAAGGGCCGCGUGCCCAGGCAGGGCUGGCUCUACCUGACCGUCAACCACCUGUGCUUCUACUCCUUCCUGCUGGGCAAGGAAGUAAGCCUGGUGGUGCAGUGGGUGGAUGUCACACGGCUGGAGAAGAAUGCCACACUACUCUUCCCCGAGAGCAUCCGCGUGGACACCCGGAACCAGGAGCUCUUCUUCUCCAUGUUCCUCAACAUCAGCGAGACCUUCAAGCUCAUGGAGCAGCUGGCCAACCUGGCCAUGCGGCAGCUGCUGGACAGCGAGGGCUUCCUGGAGGACAAGGCACUGCCUAGGCCCGCCCGGCCGCACCGGAACAUCUCAGCUCUGAAGCGAGACCUGGACGCCCGAGCCAAGAAUGAGAGCUACCGGGCCACAUUCAGGCUCCCUGGGGAUGAGCGCUUGGACGGCCACACAAGCUGUACCCUGUGGACACCAUUCAACAAGCUGCACAUCCCUGGCCAGAUGUUCAUCUCUAGCAACUACAUCUGCUUUGCCAGCAAAGAGGAGGAUGCCUGCCACCUCAUCAUACCCCUGCGGGAGGUGACCAUUGUCGAAAAAGCUGACAGCUCCAGUGUCUUGCCCAGCCCUCUGUCUAUUAGCACCAGGAGCAAAAUGACCUUCCUGUUCGCCAACCUGAAAGACCGUGAUUUCUUGGUUCAGAGGAUCUCUGACUUCCUCCAGAAGACGCCGUCCAAACAGCCGGGUGGCCUUGGGGCAGGGAGGAAAGCCAUUGUCAGCAACCCAGUUCCAGAGUCUUCGCCAGCUUCUCAGGAGGCAUCAGAGCAGCCCUCCAACCCAUCUUCACUGUGUGGUGGCCGCCAGAGCACCCUUCCGCAGGAGGCACCCACUGCUUCCCAGGGCCUGCUCAGACUCUUCCAGAGAAACACACCCGUGGAGGACCUGGGGGCCAAGGGGGCCAAGGAGAAGAUGAAGGAAGAGUCAUGGCACAUCCACUUCUUUGAGUACGGGCGCGGAGUAUGCAUGUACCGCACGGCUAAGACACGGGAGCUGGUGUUGAAGGGCAUCCCCGAGGGCCUCCGCGGCGAGCUGUGGCUCCUGUUCUCUGGGGCCUGGAAUGAGAUGGUGACUCACCCUGGCUACUAUGCUGAGUUGGUGGAGAAGUCCACAGGGAAGUACAGCCUGGCCACGGAAGAGAUUGAGCGAGACCUCCACCGCUCUAUGCCCGAGCAUCCUGCCUUCCAGAACGAGCUGGGGAUCGCUGCCCUCCGGCGGGUGCUGACCGCCUAUGCUUUCCGAAACCCCACCAUUGGCUACUGCCAGGCCAUGAACAUCGUCACCUCGGUGCUCCUGCUCUAUGGCAGUGAGGAGGAGGCCUUUUGGCUGCUGGUGGCCCUCUGCGAGCGCAUGCUGCCCGAUUACUACAAUAACAGGGUGGUGGGGGCCCUCGUGGACCAAGGCAUCUUCGAAGAACUCACGAGAGACUUCCUGCCCCAGCUCUCCGAGAAGAUGCAGGAGCUGGGGGUGGCCACCAGCAUCUCACUCUCCUGGUUCCUCACCCUCUUCCUCAGUGUCAUGCCCUUUGAGAGCUCUGUGGUCAUUGUUGAUUGCUUCUUCUACGAGGGCAUCAAGGUGGUCCUGCAGGUGGCCUUGGCCAUCCUGGAUGCCAACAUGGAGCAGCUGCUGAGCUGCAGCGACGAGGGCGAGGCCAUGACCAUCCUGGGCAGGUACCUGGAUAAUGUGGUCAACAAGCAGAGUGUCUCUCCACCUGUCCCACACCUCCAUGCCCUGCUCACCAGUGGAGACAACCCUCCUGCAGAGGUGGACAUCUUCGACCUCCUGAAAGUGUCGUAUGAGAAAUUCAGCAGCCUGAGGGCCGACGACAUUGAACAGAUGCGGUUUAAACAGAGGCUGAAAGUGAUCCAGUCCCUGGAGGACACAGCCAAGAGGAGCGUGGUCCGAGCUAUACCCGGGGACAUUGGUUUCUCAAUUGAAGAGCUGGAGGAUCUUUACAUGGUGUUUAAGGCCAAGCACCUGGCAAGUCAGUACUGGGGUCGUGGCCAGCCCACUGCCAUGCGUCGAGACCCCAGCCUGCCCUACCUAGAGCAGUACCGCAUCGACGCCACCCAGUUCCAGGAACUCUUCGGCAGCCUGACGCCCUGGGCCUGCGGCUCCCACACACCUGUGCUGGCGGGGCGCAUGUUUCGGCUCCUGGACAGAAACAAGGACUCACUGAUCAACUUCAAGGAGUUCGUGACAGGGAUGAGCGGGAUGUACCACGGGGACCUGACAGACAAGUUAAAGGUGCUCUACAAGCUACACCUGCCCCCAGCCCUGAACCCAGAGGAGGCCGAGUCGGCCCUGGAAGCGGCCCACUAUUUCACCGAGGACAGCUCCUCAGAAGCAUCUCCUCUGGCCUCAGAUCUGGAUCUUUUCCUGCCCUGGGAGGCUCAAGAAACACUACUGCAGGAAGAGCGAGAGGGAACUGGAAAUGAAGACGUCCAAGAAAAAAGAGGAGAGGAGAGGGAGACCAGCUCUCCCGACUACCGGCACUAUCUUCAGAUAUGGGCCAAGGAGAAAGAGGUACAGAAGGAGACCAUCAAGGACCUCCCCAAGAUGGACCAGGAACAGUUCAUUGAGCUGUGCAAGACGCUCUACAAUGUGUUCAGUGAGGACCCCCUGGAGCAGGAGCUGUACCAUGCCAUUGCUGCCGUGGCCAGCCUGCUGCUGCGCAUCGGAGAGCUGGGGAAGAGGUUCUCGACGCAGCCCAGCAGGAAGCCCAGGGACAGUGCCCCGAGGGAGGACGGGCAGCCAGCCCCCAGUUCCCUUCAGGACCUGGCCCAGGAGCUCCAGCCACCAGCCGCGGGCGACCCUCAGGCCAAAGCUGGCGGAGACACCCAACUUGGGAAAGCGCCUCAGGAGAGCCAGGUGGUGGGUGAAGGGGGUGGCGGCGAGGGCCAGGGCUCCCCAUCCCAGCGUCUGUCUGACGAUGAAACCAAAGACGACAUGUCCAUGUCCUCCUACUCAGUGGUCAGCACGGGCUCCCUGCAGUGUGAGGACCUGGCUGACGACACGGUACUGGUGGGUGGGGAGGCACACAGCCCCACGGCCACUGCCCGCAGGGGGGGCACUGUGGACACCGAGUGGAGCAUCUCCUUCGAGCAGAUCCUGGCCUCCAUCCUGACGGAGUCCGUGCUGGUGAACUUCUUUGAGAAGAGGGUGGACAUUGGACUCAAGAUUAAGGGCCAAAAGAAGAUGGAGAGACAGUUUAGCUCAUCCAGUGACCAGGAGCAGUCUGGGGCCUCGGGCUGAAGGCUCUACUCUGGAGCUGACCUCUCCUACCCCCUCCCUGUCAUCAAUUUUCUCCUUAAGGAGAAAUGCCCCUCCUGUUUCCCCAGAAGCAGUGGAAAGUAGGCUGAACAGCCCAGAUGGGGCCCAGGCAGAGGCCCUCCCGUCUGCCCUGCUGGCCCUCUGCCCCCACGUCUGAGCUGGGGCCACAUGCUCCACCCACAGGCGCUCCUGCAGCUGCCUGCUCAGUUUUUCCUGCCACUGAGCACCAAGUAGCGGGGCCGCUUGCCUUUUGGGCACCAGUGGUAGCUCACCAGAGCUCUUGUCUGAGGGACACUGGGUGCCACACAGGUGUAUUCUAAAUGCUCUUUCAGCUUAUCGUCCUCACCAUUGACCUUAAAAGCACAUCCCUCAGGUCCUGAUAUACAUCCUUGUAUUCAUUUCAGUAGGCUAAAAAACCACACUGUGCUUAAUGCCUUAAUAAAUCCCUGAAAGAACUAAGAA